AGGGUCAAAUUGCCGGUUGAAUGAAUCACAAACCUUCAAAGCGAGAAAAGGCACGGUAGUGCGUAAUGCAACAUUGAAAUACACCAUUCUAGCACUUAGCAAACGCAUGCAUGAAACUCGUUUGAACUUUCUGAGUUUCAUAGUUUUAUUCAGCAAGUUUGAAGUAAACCCUCUGGAACAGAAUAACUGGAGGCAUUCCAGGUUGCUCUGUGCAGCUGGUGUAGGGAAAUUUAUCUGUUUGUGAGGAAUAUAGGUAUACUUUGAGGAGACAAUAGUUCGUGUACGAACCGAGGAGUGUCAGCAGCCAGUUUCCCGGACGUCCUCGGCGGUGUCUCACGGCGCACCAUGGGCGACCCGGGACGGCUCGUGCUGGACGGGGAGGACCUCGAUAGCGACGGUUCGAUUGGCGAGCCCAGUGAGGUCCGAGACAGCCGGGUGGAGGAGAUUCUUGAAGUCAUCAAGACUGGAGAUGCUUACCGGUUGGAUGAGUUGCUGACUCAGUGGCAGGAUAGCGGAUGGGACGCAGCGGCUUGUAGGGACUUUCGUGGGUUGUCGCUCUACGUCACGGCUAUCGAAGAAGGGUUUCUAGAUGCAAUCGCCACUCUUCUGAAUCACAAUAUUCCGCUGGGUGACGCGCUCAUUCGCUGCAUUGAGGAGAAUUUUGAGGACGCCAUCCGUACCAUAUGUCGGCACUUGGCUUCCAACCCGGAAGUCUGUAAAGUUGUCUUGAAUGCAUCCUGCGAUAAUGACGAUUUUCACCCGGCGCUUACGCCCAUCGUUCUCGCCGCCCAACACAACAACUUCGAGGUCGUGAAGAUGCUAGUUGAUCUUGGAGCGAUCAUAGAGAUCCCGAAGAUCUCAAUGGGGGUGGAUGUGACCUUGACUCAAGCCGUCUCCACGCUUCACAUCUACCGCGCCCUGUCACAGCCCGCGUACAUGAUGACGACACAGUUUGAUGUUCUGGGUCAUGCUUUCAAGAUGAGUAAGAGGCUACGGCUGUUGGGUAACGCGUGGCAAGAUUUCGGCGCAGAGUUUGACGCCCUCGCCGAAAGCGUGGAAAAAUUUGCUGCGGAGCUUUUGGGCCAGUCGGCGUCAACCGAAGAGGUUCUUGGGUUGUUCAGAUACCACAAGACCGAUCAAUACAGAGACCGUGAAGGGAGGCAACAUUCCUUAGCCAAGGUAUCCGAAGCCAUCCGCUACCGACAGAAAAACUUCAUAGCGCAUCCCCAUUCACAGAAGGUGCUGGUGGCGCAUUUCUUUCGGAAUCUGCUGUCUUGGAAUGCCAAGGGCGCCCUCCAUCGAGUAUUCCUGGCCCUUUUCGUCAUCAUCUUCUACCCAAUCAUUUGCCUCGUAUAUAUUCUGUUUCCUAUACCGCCCGUCGUCCGCUUCGUUCGUGUCCCGUAUGUGAUGAUGCUUUUGAGUCUGGGUUCGAGUCUGACCUUUAUUGGUCUGAUCAUAGCCCUGGGUGUGACGGAGCGAGCGACCGAUCCUACACUGAGCGGGGUACUACGGCUCACCAUUCUCCUGUGGAACACCGGUGUAUUUUGGAUGCACAUCAAGAUCAUUUGGAAGCAAGGUGGGAGACGAUUCAUCAACUACUCCACCAACAUCCAAGAAGCUAUCAUCGUCGCUUUGUAUAUUACCAUCUUCUUCCUGCAGUGGGACUGGGAAAUCAACCUGUCUCCCAAUAUCUCGUCUAGCCGGAGUGCCCGGGCAGUCGACGACCUCACCCCUGACCAAUCACGUGAUAUCCUCACUCACGUGACCUCAGUCAUGAGCACCUUUCAACAGAACCUUACAUCCUCGUUCCGGGACGAUACGGACUCGGUUCUGGUACGGGCGCUCUCUGGUCUGGCCUGCCGGUACGGUUCCCCGGCAGCUACAGUCAACGCUCCAGUGGCUGCAACUAACGGAAGCGUUUUACCAGACUACUAUCUGAUACACAUUGCAGCUGAUACCUACGAUCCGAUCCUAGUCUCUGAGGCUCUCUACGGGAUAGCAAUGAUGAUUUCCCUGAUGCGAUUGACCAACAUGCUGAUGGUCAGCGCCUCACUGGGUCCCUUACGCAUCUCCUUGGGCUCCAUGGGCGGUGACUUCAUCAAGUUCAUCGUCAUCUUCAUCAUCGUGUGGUUCGCCUUUGCUGUGGGAAUGACGCAGAAUUACUUCUCGGCUGGCAAAUCGGAGAGUCUGGCCUGCCUGAGAGAAGGGGGUGAUGAAGCCUCCUGUAAUGUCGUCAAGUUUGCUGAAUUCCCCGACACGCUGGUGGAAUUGUUCUGGACACUCUUCGGCUUCACCGAGCUGGACACCUUACAGUUGUCGUCGUCAAACCAUGUCCUGGCUGAGAUGAUUGGCACGUUUCUGUACGCCACCUACCUGGUGGUUGGUGUCUUGAUUCUGCUGAACGCCCUCAUCGGCAUGCUGUCCAACACCUACAAUAUAGUGGAGGAAGAUUCUGACACGGAGUGGAAGUUUCACCGAGCUAUCAUCUGGGACAUCUACCUGCAUCCCGUCGGCACCUUACCGCCUCCCUUCAAUCUCAUCCCGUCCCUCAAGAGCAUCUGGCGAUUCCUGCGCGCUGUUAUCGGCAACUAUAUCGAGUGCGUCCGGCGAAAACGCAAGAACAAAAAACACAUCCACGCCAAGAACGAACUUGACGAUUACUCGAGGGUUAUCAAGCUGAUAAGCAGCCGUUACAUACAGCAGAAUCUCUCGGCUGAAUCACAGAAUGCAGAAGGAGCAAGCGUCAGAGACAUUAGACAACUUAAGAACGACCUGUUAUCUUUGAGAUAUUUCACCAAAGACCGAUUGAGACGUUUCAACAAGACGUUGCUGAACACCGGGACAAAGUGUCAAGGUGUUCACCAGAAACUUCAUGAUUUGGCUCCGAUGGAUGUGCGCGCUGAAGGUCUAAACACGCAGUCCUUCGAACUCACAGAUCAAACUGAGGAACUUAAAGACACGAUCAAUUCUUUGAACGCAGAGGUAGAGCGACUCCAAAAGCUUCUGGCGGAACGAGGAGGGGCGCCAGAAGCAGAUCCUGAACCAGAACCUGAACCUGAACCGGAACCGGAACCGGAAUCGGAACCAGAACCGGAAUCGGAACCAGAACCGGAACCGGAACCAGAACCAGAACCAGAACCGGAACCAGAAACAGAACCAGAACCGGAGCCUGAACCGGAGCCUGAACCGGAGCCUGAACCAGAGCCUGAGCCGGAACCAGAACCGAACCCUGCAGUUCUCCCAGGAACUAGCAGUCUUAUUCGUCGCCUUGCUACUAUGGUCGAACAUGACAUAGUGUGGGGCGAUGAUCGCCAGAUUCGACGAGAGUUGGCAGAGGCAAGCAGACGCGUCGAUUUACGUCACUCUGGAACUCAGCCCCAUAGACUGGAACCAAAGGAGUAGUUCUUCGUUCAUUUCUUUGUUCAAAGAAUGUAUUCUGUUUACUUAUCAUAACAAGCGGAAACUAUGAUUUAAUAAAAGAGAUCAUGAUUGUCAUCUUCAAAUACCAAUUAAGACCUAAGUGGUGUUAGUGUUUUCAAAGAGUAUGUUGGUUGGACACUGUAGUCGAGCAUGAAUGAAAUGCCAGUUGGCAAUUCUACUCUUGAAUGAUUACACUUGAUUAAUAAAAGUGUGUUGGAUAAUUAAAAUUUAAUUAAACAAAAUUGAUACGAAAAUUUUGGAAGCAUAUGUGCCACCUCUUGUUGUAUUUUAAAUUUUGGCUGAAAUUGGAAACUAAGACCUUGGAGUGUCAAAGCGUUUUAGAUUUAGAAGAAGAAGAACACUCCGAGCAUCAUUGAAGUUAAAAUAACUGUAUUAUUUAUACGAUUGUUAUAAUUUAUUCUCUAUAACCUGACUCGCAGUUGGCUUAAUUCAUUCGUGUAUAAACACUUAGUAGUAAUGCAGUGUGCAGCAUCUACAUUUUAGAAUUUUGAUUAAAGUAUAUUUUGACUGCAACUCAUUUGCUCUAUCUCCUAAGAACUGCAGCAAGACCAAGCUUACAAUCUUAUCAUGCCUAAUUUCGCGGAGUUGCAAUAAGAAAUCGAAUGUUUUGCUUAAGUUUUCCCUUAAGUUUUGGUCCAUGGAUUCGGUAUAAAUAAACUAAUUUUGCACAGCUUUUGGCUGAAGGUGUAGGGGUGUUAUAGCGGCCCCUUUCGCUGACCUUGGGAAAAAUAAAUGAUGUGGGGUUAAGAAUGAUUGUUAUGAUAUGGGCAUGCAUUUGCUGUCAUUAUUGCGAAGUUUUGAACAAUUGGAUAGCAGUAGGAAAAGGUGGGACCACUGUCUUUGAUGAAUGCAAUGCAAUAACGAUUAUUUAAUAAAGUGUUGGUGUCAGCCAAAUCGCUGCAAUACGUUUCGGAAAA